UUGAUGAUUAAAGUUUAGACUAUUUGCAUUCUCUUUACUGUCUUUCUUUUGCUUUUGCUUAAAUGGUGUUUUUGGUUGCGGAGAAAAGAAGAAGAGAUGGCAUACGAGGAAGUAAUAACGAGUGUGAUGAGCUCCGAUCACGCAUCAGUGGUGUCAAUGAACCUCUUUGUUGCUCUUCUAUGCGCUUGUAUCAUCAUAGGUCACUUGCUCGAAAAGAAUCCAUGGCUCAAUGAAUCCAUCACCGCCCUUCUUAUUGGUCUGUGUACAGGAGUGUUCAUAUUGCUAAACACGGGAGGAAGAAGCUCUCACAUUUUCGUUUUCAGCGAAGAUCUUUUCUUUAUUUACCUUCUCCCACCUAUCAUUUUCAAUGCCGGGUUUCGAGUGAAGAAGAAACAAUUCUUUCGCAAUUUUAUGACUAUAAUUCUCUUCGGAGUCGUUGGAACUUUAAUAUCAUUCGCGGUUAUAUCACUGGGUGCUAUACACUUAUUCCAGAAAUUGGAUCUUGGUUCACUCAAGAUUGGAGAUUAUCUAGCAAUUGGAGCAAUUUUUUCAGCAACAGAUUCUGUUUGCACUUUGCAGGUGCUUAAUCAGGACGAGACACCAUUACUAUACAGCCUAGUGUUUGGGGAAGGGGUAGUAAAUGAUGCUACUUCUGUGGUGCUCCUCAAAGCAAUUCAGAAUUUUGACCUUUCCCACAUUGACUUUGCCACCGCUUCAGAAUUAUUAGCCAACUUUUUAUACUUAUUCAUCGCAAGCACUGUGCUGGGAAUUUUAGUUGGAUUGCUUAGUGCAUACAUUAUUAAAAAUCUUUAUUUUGGCAAGUUGAUCAGGCAUUGUACCAAUCGUGAGGUUGCUCUUAUGAUACUGAUGGCUUACCUUUCAUACAUGCUUGCUGAGCUAUUUGCUUUGAGUGCUAUUCUGACCAUGUUCUUCUGCGGCAUAGUUAUGUCUCACUACACAUGGCACAAUGUUACCGAAAGUUCAAGAGUCACAACCAAGCAUGCUUUUGCAACAUUGUCAUUCAUUGCUGAGAUAUUUAUAUUCCUUUAUGUUGGGAUGGAUGCACUGGACAUAGAGAAGUGGCGAUUCGUAAGCCAAAGUCCUGGAAAAUCAGUUGGGAUCAGUUCAGUGCUUCUAGGACUUAUCCUAGUUGGAAGAGCAGCAUUUGUUUUUCCUCUCUCAUUCUUAUCCAAUUUGCUCCAGAAAUCCCCACAUGUGAAAAUUGACAUGAAGCAACAAGUCACAAUCUGGUGGUCUGGUCUCAUGCGAGGUGCUGUAUCUAUAGCACUUGCUUACAACCAGUUUACAAGGCUAGGCUACUCUGAGUCGCAUGAGAAUGCCAUCAUGAUCACUAGUACCAUUUCUGUUGUCCUCUUCAGCACAGUGGUGUUUGGGAUGAUGACAAAGCCACUUGUGAGGUUACUGCUUCCUUCUUCCAAACAUAUAAUCAGCAUACCGUCCCCACCAUCGACCCCAAAGACACUGACAGAGCCCCUAUUGGGCAAUGGACACCAUGACUCAGGGCCCAACAAUGGUGACAGUCUAAAUGGGCCUAGCCCAAACCGAUUGCGUAUGCUUCUGAACAUGACUAAUCGUGGAGUACACCAUUAUUGGCGCAAGUUUGAUGACUCUGUUAUGCGUCCUGUCUUUGGUGGGAGGGGUUUUGUACCUUACGUUCCAGGUUCACCCCUUGAACCGAGUCUUCCGCAGUGGCGUUCAAUUACUUCACCUACAGCUGAAGAAAACUUAUGAUUUGUGAAGAUACUACUGAUUUUGUAUUGUGGUUAUGGCAUAAA